GCCCUCAAUCCUGCCAUGGCCACAAAAGCCACCAGCUCCAAGAAAUGCCUCCAGCUUCUUGCUUUCCACGUGGCUCUGGUAGCACCUGUUUUCUGUGGGAAUGUGUUGGUUUGGCCAACGGAGGGCAGCCACUGGCUAAAUGUGAAGAUGGUUAUUCGUGAGCUCAUCCGCCGUGGGCACAGUGUCACCAUCCUGGUGUCCAAUGCUUCCCUCUUCAUCCAGCCAAAGCCUGAGACCACCGAGAAGUUUGAGGUCUUUAACGUGCCCUUCAAGAAAGACACCAUUGCAAACCUGAUUGAGGAGAUCAUGGCAUUGUGGCUGAACAAUAGGCCAACAGCUUCAACAUUCUGGCAGUUUUACAAGGAGCUGGGAAAAGUGUCCAAAGGGUGGCAACAGGUCAACCAACAGAUGUGUGAUGCAGUGCUGACCAACCAGAAGCUGAUGGCCCAUCUGCAGAGCUCUGGCUACGACCUGCUGCUAUCAGACCCAGUGACUCUCUGUGGGGACCUCAUAGCUCUCAAGCUGGCACUGCCCUUUAUGUAUUCCCUGCGCUUCUCUCCAGCCUCCACUGUUGAAAGGCACUGUGGCAAGAUCCCAGCCCCACCAUCCUACACACCUGCAGCCCUGUCUGAGCUCACCGACCACAUGUCCUUUGGAGAGAGAAUUAAAAAUAUCGUGUCUUAUCACUUGCAAGACUACGUUUUCCAGAGCUACUGGGGAGAAUGGGAUAUCUACUACAGCAAGAUCUUAGUUGACAACAGCCACUGGCUCAACAUGGAAUAUAUCCUGAACAAACUUGUAGCCCGUGGCCAUGAGGUGACUGUGCUGCUGCCUUCGUGCUUCCUUAUCCUCAAUGGCACCCAGCCCUCACCUUUCCAAUUUGAGAUGGUUGAGGUGCCAAUCAGCAAAAGUGAGAUGGCUGCCGUAAUGGAUGAAGGAUUCUAUUUUUGGUUCUACGAGGAGAGAAGGUUACCUCUGUGGGAAAGUUUGUACAAGAUAAUUGAUCUGGCACGCAAGUUUGAGAAUAUAACCAGGACUAUUUGUGAUGCAGUUGUGAAGAACAAGGUGCUGCUGGAAAGGCUGAGGGCAUCUGCCUUUGAUGUCCUCCUGGCAGACCCACUGAUGCCCAGCGGGGAGCUGUUUGCAGAGAAGCUGGGUAUCCCUUUGGUGUACACCAUCCGGUUCUCCAUGGGAAACACGGUGGAGCGGCUCUGUGGGGGCCUCCCAGCACCUCCUUCCUACGUGCCAGCCAGCCUAAGCUCCCUAACAGACAAGAUGACCUUCACGGAGAGGCUAAAAAACGUGCUCUCCUAUGCUCUGCAGGACAUCGCAUACCACUACAUUCUCUGGGGACACUGGAAUGAAUACUACAGUGACGUCUUAGGAAGGCCCACAACCCUGUGUGAGACGAUGGGGAAAGCAGAGAUAUGGUUAAUCAGAACAUACUGGGAUUUUGAAUUUCCUCGCCCUUUCCUGCCCAACUUUGAGUUUGUUGGAGGACUUCACUGCCAGCCUGCAAAGCCACUGCCAAAGGAAAUUGAAGAAUUCGUUCAGAGUUCAGGGGAACAUGGCAUUGUGGUAUUUUCUCUUGGGUCAAUGGUCUACAACCUAACCGAUGAAAGAAGUAACGUCAUUGCCAGAGCCCUCAGCCAGCUUCCACAAAAGGUCCUCUGGCGAUACAAAGGAAAAAAACCAGAAGCUCUGGGCUCCAACACCAGGACGUAUGACUGGAUACCACAAAAUGACCUGCUUGGCCAUCCCUUGACAAAGGCCUUCAUUACUCAUGGUGGGACCAAUGGGAUCUAUGAAGCAAUUUACCAUGGAAUCCCAAUGGUUGGGAUUCCCAUGUUUGCUGACCAGCAUGACAACAUCGCUCACAUGAGGGCAAAAGGAGCUGCAGUUGAGCUGGAUUUCAGCACGCUGACGACGCAAGAUCUAGUUGAUGCAGUGAAUACAGUCAUUAACAAUUCUACCUACAAGGAAAGUGCUUUAAAGUUAUCCAAGAUACACCAUGACCAGCCAAUUAAGCCUCUGGACAGAGCUGUCUUCUGGAUUGAAUUUGUCAUGCGUCACAAAGGAGCAAAGCACUUGAGACCAGCUGCUCACCAUCUUACCUGGUACCAAUACCACUGCCUGGAUGUUCUGGCAUUCCUAUUCACCUGUGCAGCCAUUGCUGGCUUCAUUCUUGUUAAGUGCUGCAAGUUUUGCUGUAGAAAAUGUGGUAGGGUCACAAAGAAAAAGAAAGAAUAGAUAUGUUGAUCCCAUCAGCAGUCUUUCUUUUCAUACACUGCUUCAGUAAAGCAUUUCUGCAUAUUCCUUGGUAAAUAAAAUUAUUAGGAUAUACUUCAAGCUACACAUAUCACAAAGCACCUCACUGAACUGGGCUGUGCUAAAAAGGCAGUUAGGGAGCUGCUUGCUAAGCCAGCAAAUUACUUUUGGCCUCUGUAACACUGAAUUAUAGCUGCUUAAUCCCCUGGGAAGCUGUUAGCUGAUCACACAAUAUUCCUAGAACAGUAAUUGUUGCUCUAACUUUUCAAAUUCAGUUUGGCACCCUUUUUUAAAUUCAGACCUUCUGUGUGUCAUUCAGUGGUCCUGCAAUUAGUUUUCUUAAUCUAGCUCUGUCCUCCCACAUCAAGUCACCUAUGUUUAGUGAUUCGAAACCAAAACACCCCUCCUGUCAAGUAAAGCUCUUUCCAAAUUGAACAGUGAUGUUCCUAAAAAACACUCAAUGUCAUGAAAGACGGGGAGCAGAAAGACUCUGAUGAAGUUUGUGUCAUCACUUUCUACAAAUGCACUACUUAAUGGUACAGGGGAGAUCAGAGCUUAUCUGAGUCCUGAAACCAGUAGAGAAACUGCUUACUUUCCUCUGGGAACUAUUCCUUUUUCCCAUCCAGUAUGCUUGGAUUCCUACUGCACAUAUCAUCGUUCCAACUACACCACAAGUGUGUGAAAAUAACCUGUACUUGUCAGUAACAUGCUCAUGUUAACACCAAAUCCUCUAAGCCACAGUAACUGGUAAAUUCAGAAAAACCUUGAAGUGGAUCUUACAAAGUAAUCAUGUCACAUAUGGGAACAACACAAUAGUUAAUUGCAUUGCCUCAAGUACUGGUGGGAAAAUAAUGCUGCCAGUGGCUCAGACGGUGAUGUUAAAUGUUGCACUAUUGAAACUAUUUAAGGAGACCUUACGGAUGAAAACCUACUAAACUGAUGCUAGUUUAGGCCUCCUGUUGAAGGUAAGGCUAUUAAACUAUUACGCUAGCACACUUAAAUAACCUGCCCCAAUAUUAACUGAUGUUCACUGUAUUCUGGAUACUGCAGAUUUGUUUUCAAACAAACCAAGAAAACAUUAUCAUUUUUUUACAUAAUAAAACUCCCAUCGAUACAUUA